GUCGUUCAUUCUGCACAUUUGCUCGUGCUCGCAUCCGCCUAGAACCCGACAGCAUUUUGACGUGCGCGCGUCCACAUUCCCGGAAGCGUGUUGAGUUCUGGCAUCGCCUCUCCCUCAUCGCGCCAUUGAAAGUCAGCGAAGCCCGUAGACUCACAGAAUCCCUCAGUUCAACGAUCACCAUGGCGGAGCUGGAACCGACCCCUGAGCAGCUGGCCGCGCUGGCAGCGGAGAACGAGGAGGCGGAGUCGGUCAACUACAGACCCCCCGCCCAGAAGACCCUGCAGGAGAUCCAGGAGCUGGACAAGGACGACGAGAGCCUGCGCAAGUACAAGGAGGCGCUGCUCGGGCCCGUCGUCGGAGACCCCAACGCCAAGGUUAAUGUUCUGGUGACGCGGCUGACGCUGAUGUGUGAGACGGCACCUGCUCCCUUAACCCUUGACCUGCAGGGAGAUCUGGACGUCAUUAAGAAGCAGUCAUUUAUUCUGAAAGAGGGCGUUGAAUACAGAAUAAAGAUCAGCUUCAAGGUGAAUAAGGAGAUUGUGUCGGGGCUGAAGUACAUCCAGACCACCUACAGGAAAGGAGUGAAGGUGGAUAAGACAGACUACAUGGUGGGCAGCUACGGGCCCCGGAACACUGAGUACGAGUUCCUGACCCCUCUGGAGGAGGCCCCCAAGGGCCUGAUCGCCCGCGGCACCUACAACAUCAAGAGCAAGUUCACCGACGACGACAAGCACGACCACCUCUCCUGGGAGUGGAACCUCAACAUCAAGAAGGAGUGGAAGGACUGAGCUCUCGCCCUUCAUCCUCCUCAUCCUCAUCCUCCCUUUCUCCCCCUCUCUUCCUCUCUCCCUCUCUUCCUCUCUCUCUCUCUUCCUCUCUCUCUCUCUCUCUCUCUUCCUCUCUCUCUCUCUCUUCCUCUCUCUCUCCAUCAUCAAGAAGGAGUGGAAAGACUGAGCUCGCCUUCAUCCUCCUCCUCCUCCUCCUCCUCUCUUCCUCUCUCUCUCUCUCUCUCUCCCUUCCUCUCUCUCUCUUCCUCUCUCUCUCUCCAUCCAUCUCCACCACUCCCCACUAGACCUGUCUUCCUCUAAUCAGUACUAGUCUGUAGGUAUCAUGAACUCAAUGAUGGUUUUCAAGGAUAAAGGAAAAAAACUAUUUUUUUUCACUCCGUCCAGAUGUCAGUACAGUCAAUCAACUUUCUUUCUCUCUUUCUACCCCUCUCUCCCUCCCUCCCUCUCUCUCUCUCUCCUUCCCAGAAUAUAGUGGAGUUUCAUAAAUCUAUAUGUGAAGACAAACAAAACCGUGCACAAUCCAAUGUUUUGUUGUUUUGGUGGGUUUGUUUGUGUAUAUAAAAGGUGAACAUAUAACUCAUGUAGAUGGAUGCUUCUGGCGUUGGUGUCACUCGUAAUCUUCACCCCUCCAUCCCUCCUUCUCCCUCAUCCCUUCUUCUUCCUCUCCUCUCCUCUCCAUACCACCCAAAUCAUUCCGCAUGCGUCUUAGAAGGUUUUUUUUAUUUUCUUCCUUUUUUAAAAAAAUCUGACCAUGAUUUGCCUUUUUUUGUGAAGUUGUGCUGGUGUUGGUGCAGUUUGGGCUCUGUGUACAUUCCCCUCUGAAACACACACACACACACACACACACACACACACACACACACACACACACACACACACACACACACAGUGAUUGCCUUUGGCCUUCAGACCACUCCUGGGCAAGUGAUAUAUCAGCUCAUCUGAUCAGACCAGCUUGUUUCUGGGUGAAGUUCUAGAACGUCUGUCGUGUGGUGCCUAAUCAAUACGGUGUGUAAAGAGCCUGAUCAUUACGGUGCAUAUCAGUCCUCUGAAGAGCCUAAUCAUUACUCAUCAGUAUCAGUACUCAUUUAUCUGGAAUUCUGACGAGCUCACAGACUAGCAGCAGCCAUUCUUCUAGUUCAGUUGUUUCGUGUCUAUUUCUCCGUCUUCUCUCUUACGUUUCGUUUCGCCACAUGGCCUUAGAACGGGACCUCCGCUGGUUGAGUUCCCCCACUAUCAGUCCGAUGAGCACCGCCCCCCCCCCAGUCAGACCAGUCAGGCCAGUCAGACCAGUCAGGCCAGUCAGACCAGUCAGGCUCCUGUCAUUAGUUAUAUCUGAGUGUUUUAAACUCUUCUUCUUCUUCUAGUCUGAUCUGCAUUGGAGCUCCUGUUGCAUCCGUUUCUAUCUCUCUGUUGAGGCUGUGUGCGUGUGGCUCGACGCUGCCCCCUGGUGGCGAACGGGUGUCACUGCGCCUGCUGUCUCGCUCCAUUGGCUUGAUGAGGGAUAGGCUGAACAUGAAGCAUGAAGGCCAGUAUAGAUGCAGGGGGGCCCAGCUGCCUCCUCUGUCUGAGAUCAAGGGGGCUUUUUUUUUUUACACUCCACUAAUCACGGGCGCAAAACCUCCUAAAUGUACACCUCAUGAUUGAUUUGGGAUUAUUGAUU